CCUUCCCGUUCUACUUGCCUUCGCUCCCCGGCCCUGUGGCCGCGCUCCCUCCCUUCCCUCCGUCCCGCCCCCUCCAGCCCCUGCUGCCCGGCUCCUACAGGCCCCCUCGCUGCCCGCGUUCCUAUGGACAGACGCACAGACACCUGCAGGAAAGACACUGCUGAUCCUGUAACAUGGAGGAUUGCCUUCAUACCUCAUCUGAGAAUCUAUCCAAAUUGGUCAGCUGGGCCCACAGCCAUGGGACCAUUUGCAGCCUCAUUCCAAACCUGAAACAUUUGCUUUCGGAAGGUUCCCAUGGGAAUCUGACAGCAAUGUGGGGCUGUAGUGCGGGCCAUGCUUAUCACUGGCCACUGACAGCUACUUGCAGAGCUGGCUCCCAAGAAAGGGUCUGUUUCCAGGAUAACAGAAGUUUUAACUCUGAUAGUCCCAGUAUAAUUGGAGUGCCCUCUGAGACACAAACUAGCCCCGUUGAAAGGUACCCUGGGAGACCAGUGAAAGCAAAGCUAGACUGUAAUCGGACCAGAGACUCUUGUGACUUCUCUUAUUGCAGUGAGCCCUCUGAACUGGAUGAAGCUGUUGAAGAGUAUGAAGAUGAAAACACUCUGUUUGACAUGGUUUGUGAAUCUUCUGUUACAGAUGAGGAUAGUGACUUUGAACCCCAAACCCAAAGGCCUCAAAGCAUUGCUCGAAAAAGGCCUGGAAUAGUCCCAUCUUCUCUCCAUUCAAGCUCCCAAGCUCAGAUGAUUGAUGAAUGCAGCAGUGAUGUGAUCAUUAAGAAAAUCAAACAGGAGAUUCCUGAAGAUUAUUAUAUUGUGGCGAAUGCAGAGCUGACCGGAGGGGUAGAUGGACCAGCCCUCUCAUUGACGCAGAUGGCAAAACCUAAGCCUCAGACUCAUGCUGGUCCCUCCUGUAUAGGGUCUGCUAAGCUGAUUCCCCAUGUAACAUCUGCCAUCAGCACAGAGCUAGACCCACAUGGUAUGUCUGCAUCCCCCUCUGUGAUGUCUAGACCAGUCGUCCAGAAGACUGGUAGGGUAUCUUUGGCUUCACCAAACAGAGGACCCACUAGUGCCCAUGGCACCAGCCAGCAGGUGGCCAUACAGAUGCCGGUGAGCACAUCCCAUCCUAACAAACAGAUCAGCAUCCCUUUGUCUGCCCUGCAGCUGCCUGGACAGGAUGAGCAAGUUGCUUCUGAAGAGUUCCUGUCCCAUCUGCCCAGCCAGGUCUCCUCCUGUGAGGUGGCCCUUUCUCCCUCAGUUAACACAGAGCCAGAAGUGAGCUCCAGUCAGCAGCAGCCCCCAGUUGCUCCGACCAUAACCACUGAGGCCACGGCACAGUGCAUACCAGACCAGGAUGAAAGAGCAGCUGAGCUCAGCAGGGAGCAGAAUGAGAAAACCAUCCGGAGCACGCAGACCGCGCUCCGCAAUUUCCCCUAUUCUACUAAGCUCAACAAAUUUCCUGUAUUUAAUAUGAAUGAUGACUUGAAUGACCUGUGUACCAGUGCAGUAAGCCCAAAUACGACCAAAGCAACACGGUAUGCCCUGAAUGUGUGGCGAUAUUGGUGUAUGACCAAUGGGCUCAAAGAUCACACAGACAUCACCAAGAUCCCUGCAGUGAAGCUGAACGAGCUGCUCGAGAACUUUUAUGUCACCGUUAAGAAGAGCGACGGCUCAGACUUCCUGGCCACGUCGCUGCACGCCAUCCGCCGAGGCCUGGACCGCAUCCUGAAGAAUGCGGGCGUGGGCUUCUCCAUCACCAGCAGCACCUUCAGCUCCUCCACCAAGAAGCUCAAGGAGAAGCUGUGGGUGCUGAGUAAGGCAGGGAUGUCAGGUGCCCGUUCUCGCAACAUCGUCUACUUCUCCCUCUCUGAUGAGGAGGAGAUGUGGCAGGCAGGGUGUCUGGGGGAUGACAGCCCCAUCACCCUUCUGUCCACCGUGGUCAAGUACAACAGCCAAUACCUGAAUAUGCGGACGCUGCAGGAGCAUGCUGAUCUGAUGUAUGGUGACAUCGAGCUGCUCAAAGACCCACAGAACCAGCCCUAUUUUGCCCGGACAGACAGUGUCAAGCGGGAGAGUCGGAGUGGUUCCACUCGAGUGUGCCACGGGAAGAUCUACCAUGAGCAUUCCAGGGGACACAAACAGUGCCCUUACUGCCUCCUCUACAAGUACAUGUACAUCCACCGACCACCCACCCAGAUGGAGGCCAAGUCCCCUUUCUACCUUACCGCCAGGAAGGAGGCCACAGACAUGGGCAGCGUGUGGUACGAGGAACAGAGGAUGGGACUGAGGUCUCUUCGGGGAAUUGUCCCGAACUUAGCCAAGAAGGUCAAGCUGGAAAACUGUGAGAACUUCACCUUCGUCUCAUUUACUCAGGUCUCCAGGAGGCUUGGCUCCCACAGCUGCUGCCAGUGAGUCUCCCCUGGGUCCCGGCCACCACCCAACACACCUGGCAGGGGGGCGCUCCCCCCGCAGCCAAGGCCAGAGUUCUGAGGUGGCAGGGAUGACCGUGAUUUCAUGGUCAGGCUGGUCCCUGUCAGUGGGACUUCCUAUUUCUUUGACUUUGCAUUUGUUUUUUUAACUGAAAGUAGAUGAAUCUUUAGGAUGUUUUAUCCAGAUGUGUGUCACCUUUGUUAAAUUAUAGAGUCUAACGCACUGUAUAAAUUACUACAUACACAAGAGUGAGGAAGUUCAUUUUAUCUAGUGCCUUUUUAGCACAGAUUUUCUCAAAAAAAAUAAAAGGGAGUGGGGAAGAAAACCGUUUAAGUAGUCAUUAAAAAAAAAUCCCAGUAGCCUAGUAGCUUUAGAAUGUUAUACACACUUUGUGGAAUUACACUCACAGUGAGGAGCUAGGAAGGGAGAGGCAGACGUGUUAACUAUUUCCAGGAGAAAAAUGGCACCUGGCACUCCUCCUUAUGUUUUGUUGAUGGAUAACUGGGUCCUGCAGAGCAAGCAGCCUUGGUUGAUGGAAGGUCAUGGAGCUACGCUCAGUCACGCUGAUAGGAAAGUGGGGACUGCUCUCAGCCCUGGGAGGACUUGACCUCUGCAUCAGUGGAGACAGUUUUAUGAGAAAAGAUUAAUGCACCAAACGGUGCUUGUGAGAACAAGGUUUCCGAUGAACUAGAUGGUUUGUACAAUGAGGGAAUUUCUAGUAGUAGAGAAAGUGUCUUGGAAAAGCGGUCUGCGAUCAAAACGUGAAAAACCUCCUGAAGCAGAAGUGCCUACGUUUUCUUUCUCAGCGUCAUGUGAAAGCUAUUUUCGUUUGAACAUUUUUUAGAGUUUGUUUUUUUUCAUCUGUUCCUUGUGUCAUACAGUUGUUCCAGCAUAUAGCACUGGACUGUAAAACAACUGAAAGUAAUUUUCAGGCGUAACCAGGAAAAUCCAACAGAACAAGCUGCAAAGAAAACAAAUUCCAAAACAUGUUUAUUAAAGAGUUUUGAAAUAUUUUUGUCAAAGUAUGACUCUUUCAGCCACAAGAGAUCUCAUCAUUUUAGGUUGGCACCAAUGCUUGGGACACGAGGAUGUAGGCAACCUACCAGGUAAGCAAACCCAGCAACAAGCACAGAGUUGAAAAAUCAGACCAUGAUGAUAGGUUAUCAGUGUAGUUUGAAAUCAUUUCACUCAGGUGAGAUUAAAUCUGACCACUUGUCAUUCAAACAUUAACAGAAUGUUAUAAUAACUGCUCUGAAUAAGUGAAAAAGGAGCCCAAAGAGGACUAAUUAAUAAUAAUAAUAAUUUCUAGGGAAUCUUUAUUUUGUAUUUGAGGAAAGACUGCUACAACUUCAUACCAUUUUGUUCCUGUGUAUGUUUUCCAGUCCACAGUUGAAAGUCUAGUAUACAUUCAUUUUGUAGGAGUCCUAAAAUCAGCCCUAUUUCUUUUUCAAAACAUUAUUUUAGUAUUUAUUUUAAUUGUUUUAAAAAAUCAUUCACUGGUCAUUGAAAUAUAUCAUACUUCCUUUACCAGAGAAGACUCAACCAAUGCUGCCUUAAGGUUUAAUGUUGUUCCCUUUUUAGUUCCUGCACAUUUAUUUCGUUUACUAGUUGAUCUUUCCUGAAUAUAGAUUAACUUUGGUAUGUCUCCAUCUGUAUAUAAAUAACAGGUAAUCUUUAAUAAGCAGUGUUAUGACUUGAUAUUGCACACUGUUCUGUUGUAGUUUCCUAUAGGGAUUUUAAGGUUUUGAUUAAAAGAGACACAAAACACGAGGUACAGUUUCCUUUAGUGGGUGAACACCCAAAGGAAAUUUUGUUUGAGGAAAGCACAUGGUGGUUUUUCUUGUCAGUACUGCACUUAAACAGAAAUAUAACCUAUGUGAACUACUGGGCAGGGCCUGCAGCUUAAUUAAUAAAACCUCCAUUUUUAUUUUAAAUCGAUUCAAGAAGAAAUUGCCAUUAGAUAUCACUGGGAUCUUUUCAGAUUUUAACAUUUCCAAAAGUAGCAAUAACUGAUCCAGAGGCUGUAAUCUUUCUGUUGAUAGUGGCUUUUUAUCAGCUGAGUAACAAUCUCUGCCUCAGGUUUGUCGCUUAUCACCUAUUUGAUGGGCUUUCAACCCUCAGAGUUCUGAAGUGAAUGAUUAUAAUCAAAGUCAGGAGGUAGAAUCUCCAGUGGUACCUGAUGGAAGGAAAGAAUCGUAUCUCAGCAUCCUAAAUGCCAUUCAUUGCAUGCCUCCUGUGCCACCCACUGUAUAGGUACUUUGUCUAUUAUAUAUUUGUGUGUAGAUGUGUAUGUGUGUAUGUGCACACACACUUUAAGUUUAUAUGUGAUAACACCUAGUAAACCUGCUAAUAUGGUGAAGCACCUAUCCAUCUAUAUGGUGUGUCCAUGCUCAGAGGAUCUGAAGGGAGGGGCAGAGUAGCUAGUUCUUGUUGGGCUUCAGAGCUAAGGCAGUUGUUCUGUCUUUUCGGCCAGCUGUAAACCAUACCCUCUGGGGACUGCAGGGUUUUCUACUCUUGGCCUAAGCCAGGAGAAAGGAGAUUCCCAAGAGAAGAAAGAGGGAGGUUAAGAGUUUUUUCUCUACUUACCUUUAGUGUUUUUUGUAUUCAAAAGUGGGAAUGAAUACCGGGAACUUGCACAUUCACCGAGGCUCAAGUGGCCGUGGCUCUGCCUCAGGAAUGGUGGUGCUGUAGGUGUUAUGGGACGACCCAGGGAGUCCUUUGGGUGAGCUCUUGCCCCCAGCACCUUCUGCACCUGCUCUAAAGGAAGCCCCGCUCGCCUGGUACCUCCUCCCCAGAAUUUAGCCAGUCUCCCCUUGGAAGUUUAUUCCAGCAGAGAUGAUGGGGGCAUCAGCUUGAAGGGUAUGAGUCAAUGAAGUAUAAAGGCUUUAGCACAGCACCGGGCACAUAGUAUUAUUUAUGCAAUAAAUCUUAGUUAUUUUAGUUACAACCUUUGGUAAGAGUAAUAAUAUUAUCCACCUAAUCUGCACUAUACCACUUAUUCCUUCCAUUAUGGAGAUUCUCUCUCCUUUAAACUGUUAAACUUGAAGAGGAAAGCAAACCUGAUAAUGUGGUCACAUUUAUACCCAUAAAUUCUACCUCCAGCACCUCCAAGCCCUGAUACCUCAGAUAUAAGCAAAAACAAUUAAAGUAUAGAGAAGCCCUGAGAGGCGUUAGGAGAAAGUUUUCCCAUGGUUUAGUGUGUUUGCAAAGGGAAGUAUUAUGGGAAAACCUAACCAAAGUUGUGAAACAAAUGGUCUCCUCGGUCAUGUGGCAUUUCCCAGCUUUCCUUGGAUUAUAUGCUGUAUUAAUCUGCCCUGACUGAUAAAUGUUUAUAGAAGUGUGAAACUCUGUUACUUUGAUUUUUAUUUUAAUUCAACCUCAUUAAAAGCAUCGCGCUAUACCCACCCUAUCAGCAUGUUCAUAGACAGCUGUGGAGAAGAUCUAGACAAAAUAAUCCUCCUGUAGAAGCGGAAGCCUCUGGCUAUAGAAGGAAGAUUACCAGGCUGGCAACGCCUUCUCUACUCACUUGGUAAAUGCUGGUCUCACUUUCCUCAGCUGUGAAAGGAGAUCAUCGGAAGAGAUCAUCUCCAAAGUGAAUAAUGUUACAUUUCUGCAGUUCCUCAAGGCCAUGUAGUUAGGAAGUGGCAAAACUAGGAGGCAAAAUUCCUAAUUCCUCAAGAUCAUAUACUGAAUCUCCUAAGUGAGUGCUUCUCGCUAUAUUGGAACGCUUGCUUGAGGAAUAACAAUUUUCUUGAAAUUUUAAGUUUGACAGCUCUUUAAAUUAUUUUGCUAUCUCUACAGGCAGCAGAAUGUUAUUUUUCUCAGGUUAGGCUAACACUAACCACAUUGUUACCACUUAAAUAAACAAAUAUUUAUGUUUAAAUAUUACUCUUAUCAAACAAGCAUCACUUUGUUGCUUUUGUUGAAAUCUGGAUUGCUAACAGUGGGUUCUUGAGCUAGUAACCAGUUAACUUUAGGCAGCAAGAAAUGCAAACGAUGAAGAUCUCAAAGAAGAGUUACCUCAUUUUCCCUCGGGCGCUCCAAUUUAGCCUAAGUUAAGACCCAUACAUAUUGAGAAACUGUUAACAAACAGCCCUGAACCGAAGAAUGCAUCAAAAGUUUCAAAUUCACGUAUAUCUUUAAAUGCUUUUACUUUUGGGGUGAAUUUUUAAUGCUCUGUUUUAAGAGAAAAACAUUCAGUUGUUUAGGCAAAGUUCUUAAGUAAAAAUCUUAGUUGUGUUUUUCCAUAUAAAUUAUCACCUAAGCAAAAACAGGAGUGAAGGGAGAGAUUGGUGAUGACCUAAGGCUGAACUCCCUUUCUGAGAGAAGAGGAGGCUGUGGGGAAUGAAAAACUAGCUUAUCUCUGGAAGUUCCUAUGUGUUCUGUAUCCAUGUAUCCUGACAUCAUAGGAUUUCCCAAAACUCCUUUGAGGGAGGCUGCCCAUCCUUCUGGCAAAGUUUGCCUAUUUUGAUGAUGAUUUUGAGUACUUCCAGUUCUUUAUAGCCCAAGAAAUCCAGAGAGGUUCCCUAUGUUUUAAUUGUUGAUGAGAAUCAGAUUUUUAUGCUCCAUUAAAGUGCUUUAUUGUUGAUCUAAUGCAGUUCAUAUGGAAAUUAAUAAUUUCAGGAAAUACUUGUUAAGACCAAAAAGAAAACUCCCUGGAUUAUAUGUAGAUGCAUAUUGCUUCCAUUACUAUUAAAAGCAAUUAGAUAGAUCCCUCUCCCCCACUGAGAAUGGGCUCCUAAAUAUUUUAUGGUCAGAAUAACUGAUUUAAUUGAUUUACAUUUAACUGUAGUUAUUUUUACUGAUUUGUUCAAAUAAGUUUCUGGAAGAUUCAGAUUUGACUAACACUAACUGUGGUAAGUGCUUUCGCACAGCUUCCUCGUAUUCUCAUUUAAUUCUCACAACAGCUCUGCAGGGUAGGUCUAAUUAUUCCCAUUUUACUUACUGAGAAACCAAGGCUCAGAGAAGUUAAGUAAAUUUCCCAAAGUCUCACAGAGCUAAGAAGUUGGAGAACUUAAGUUUGAACCCAGGUCUUCUGACUCCAAAUACAGUGCUCAAUGCAUUAAACUAAACUGCCUUCUUCAGGCCCAAAGAGGUCCAUUUAUCACAGAGCUUUUAAAAAAUUAAACAGUUUCUAUUUGUUUGGGAAAUAUUUCAUUUCUCAAACCAUACUGUGUCAUACCUUAUAUGUACUCUCUUACUAAUUCAAUAUAUUGGUAUAAUUCAAUAGUUCCUGGAAAGCCUGGUGGUUUUCUAUGAAUAAGUAUAACAUUUUCUGCCUACUGAGAACCUUCUGUGUUUAUCCAAUAAAUAACUCAUAUUAUCUAUUGUCUACCUUAAAGGGCAGAUGUUCAUGCCAGUUUAUUCUAAUAAAAGUCAAGUCGUUUACAAACUGCACCUGUUUUGAAUGGGUAUCAUUGCUUAAAAUGUAAAGGGCUUCCUAGCCUACAUCACAAUUACAUGCUCAGGGUUUUUGCUUUCACUUUUUAAUUUUGAUGUCAGAGGAUUUUUAUAAUCUUUAGGCUAAAGCAACCUCAUAGCAAAAUAUACUUAUUUAGUCAUUUGUUUUCUAUUCUUUCCUUUAUCAGGGCAUGGGGAUUUUUUUGUUUUGAGGCUUAAAAAAUAAAAGGUUCUAGGUAACUCUGAGACAGCCUAAUCAAAAUCCCCCAUUUUACCAAUAAGAAAAUCGAAGCCCAGAGAUAUUAAAGGGCCCAUCCAAGGUCAGCAAGACAAUAAGUAGUAGAUUCAGGACUAGAAAAUUAAUCCAGAAUCUUUCCUCCAUACCAUAGCUGGAAGAUUUGGAUUUUAAAAAAUUAAUUAAUGGAGCUGUCUGGCAGAAGGCCCCAUUGACUUCCUGCCUUCCAAGAAAAACACUCAUAUAGACCCAGAAGAAGGCCACCUCUCAAUUCUAGAAUCUAGAAGGAAUCAAUACAAUUUACAAGGCAUUUGGAAGUAAAGUGAGACAAAACCUUUCAGGUUGUAGCUCACUGUUUUCUUUCGCUUUGCUUCAUGAAACAGGUUCUGUGAAAUAGAAAAUCUGAAAGAUAUUUAAUACUUGUUCUCAUUAACCAUGUCAGUCUCCUUACUCAGAGCUCUGGUGCCAGAAAAAUAACUGGCUUAUCCUUUCUCUUAACCAGAUGCCACACUAUAAAGUGAAAAGCUUCUCUAUCCCACCCUCUCUCCCAUCUCCCCACCCACCUCCUCUUCAUUCAGUCCAGCUCCAAGUUCUAGGGCUAAAAUGUGAGCAGCAAGCAGAGAGGAUCUGUUGGAGGCAUAGUGCAUUCUGAGAAAAACGCCCUUUAGUGAGGACAAAAACAAUAAAUAAGCAAGUAGCAGAAAAUGCAAAUAUUGUGAUUUUUCAUGUAUGGUGUUGGAUCAGAGAUCCAGAAAACCAGACAAUAGAAAGGAAAAGGAUGCCACUUCAAUAGAAGAGUGUUAAACUAGAAACUGGACAUGGAAAUAUGUACAUCUUCUUACCCUCAACCUGUGCAUCCAAAAAAGGGAUUUGACAAACACUCAAGUGGACAGAUAGCAAAAUGAAAGGCAAAUACUGGGUUUGAGGAGAAAGGACCAUUUAAGGAUGAGUAUAGAGAAAACAAAUGCGGCAUUAAAAAAAAAAAAAUGUGACUGAAUGAAGGAAAAUGAACAACUUCCAGAACAGUUGAAAGUAGUCUACUGCAAGAAACAAGAAAAUUUUAGGAUUCUCUUCGUCAUAAUUGAAGGAACAGAAGAAUUGCUUCUAUGCAGCAAUAGUAUGUUAUCUUAAAAUGGGAAUGGAUUAAGAGAAAAAGGCACCGGAAUAAAAUGAAAAAGAAGAUAAACUAGAAAGAAGGAUUUCAAGGAAGCUAAAAACACAAUAGCAGAUUAAAAUCCACAUUGGAAGUAGAAAAGAAUAAUACAGAUGCUUAUAAAAAAACUCAGUGUGGGACUUCCCUGGUGGUCCAGUGGUUAAGACGCCGCGCUUCCACUUCAGGGGGCACGGGUUCGAUCCCUGGUCAGGGAAGUAAUCCCGCAUGCUGCGGGAUGUGGCCAAAAAAUAUAUAUAUAUAUAUCAGUGUGAAGAACAAACGAGAUUUUCUUCCUAUCAUUCUUUCAAAAGAAACAGGAGAUGAAAAUAGGGGAAAGAUAAUGGAUUUGGAAGACAGAACAUUAGCUAACAUUACUGAUAUUUGCUUUCCUGAUGGAAGGAGUAUAUUAAGAAAAAUAUCAUUAGACUAUAAAAAUGAAAUCUUUCCUGAACAAAACAAAAAUCUGUGUAUUUAGAUUGAAAGGUCUCACUGCAUUCCAGGCCAAAAAAAAAAACAAGUGAAA